AUGGAGAAGACGCGUGACUUCCUUGUCGCUGUGCAGGUCGGAGUCGUCGGCAAAUACGGCACUCGCUACGGCGCUUCCCUCAGGAAGCAGGUGAAGAAGAUCGAGCUGCAACAGCAUGCCAAGUACUCCUGCCCCUUCUGUGGAAAGGUCAGUGCAUUUGCUCUCGAGGGAGGCGGCGCGUCUCCACCUACGCGGGUGAACGCAGCGGUUGUCUCUCUCAGGCUCCGGCUGCUGCGAGCGCUCUGCACAGAAGUAGCCAGGGUCUCGGAGGCGUCCUUGAGGGGAGAGAGAACUGCAGAGUCUGCGACAGAUACUUUCUCAUGCGUACGCACAUCUCGUCGAGACCUCGGUUCACGAAUC